GCGCGUCGAAGAGCUGAUGGACGCCGAGGCGGACGAGGCGCGCCGGAGGGCCGUGGCGAGGGCAGCCGCCGCCGACGCGGCGGAGGGGGAGCGGCGGCGGCGGAUCUCGAUCAUGCAGCUCGAGGAGCUGGAGGAGAUUCGGCUGCGGCGGUGGAUGCAGCGCGCCGCGAUCGCCGCGAUGGAGCGCGAGCGCGAGCGGCGCGUCGAGGAGAGGGAGGAGCUGGAGUCGGAGGGCGCGUUGGCAAACUCGAUCGCCCGCCGCCGCGCACAGCACGUCGCCAAGGCUGCCAUCGAGGCUGAGCGCGCGAGGCGGCUGAGCGUGCUGCGGCUGGUGCAGGCGCAGACCGACACCAAGCGGGCGGCGAGGAGGGCGGUCGCCGUCGCGGCGAUGGAGGAGGAGCGCGCGCGCCAGCUGUAUGCGUCUGCCGCGUCCGCGUUCCUCUCGGCGUCCCGCCGCCGCCGCUGCAGCGGCAGCCGUGCGACGGCCUCGCGAUCUGGCACUCCGCCGCUCGAGCACCAGCGAGGGCCCCUUCUGAGGAGGGCCGCACCCGCUUGCGCCGCCGCGGCCGCUGUCGCGGCCGCCGCCGAGGCGGCCGAGGCGGCGGCGGCCGAGGCCGGGCAGGGUUGCAGCUCGGCGAGUGACGACGCCGAUAGCGACGCAGGCGAGGGGGCCGACGGCACGGGCGGUAUCACCGGCCUGCUGGGCGCGUCGCCGCGGCUCGGGACGGGCCUGGCGCGGCGGCAGUGGGCAGCCUUUGCCUCCGGCGUCGGGCUGCGGCUGUCCGAGGAGGAGAUGGAGGAGAGGGCGCGGCGGCGGCGGCUGGCCAGCGACGCGGCGCGCGGCGCUUCUGCACGCGCCGAACGACUGGGUCGCAUCUCCGCCGGCGAGUCGCUCUCGCCGCUGCACGCGUGGGUGGCUCGCUCGCGCGCGGCGCUGCAGGUGGCGGCGGCGCGGAUCUGGCCCGACUGCACGGUCGAGGUGUACGGCUCGUGGGCGGCGGGGCUGCAGGCUUCGGCACCAGCGCACCACUCGGAUGUGGACUUGCUCGUGCGCGGCGCAGAGCCUGGCAGCUGCGCCGGGGGCAUGGUCGGCGCGUUGCGCGAGUUGGCGGCGCUUCUGGAGGGGGAGGAGUGGAUCUCCCAGCCGACCCUCGUGAGCGCGCGCGUGCCGCUGAUCAAGGCUUUCGCGCCGCUGCCGCCGCACUUGGCGCCGCUGCCCCGCUCCGGCCGCCUCGCCCUCGACAUCUCUCUCGACGACGGGGGGCACGCGGGCGCCUCGUCCACCGCCUUCACCAAGGACGUGCUCCUGCCCUCUCUGCCCGCGCUGAGGCCGACCACGGCUCGUGCUCAAGGCGCGGAAGCGCCGCUCGUGCUCGUGCUCAAGUCGCUGCUCGCCUCGCGCGGCUUGUCGGACGGGUACACGGGCGGGCUCACGGGCUACGCGAUCGUCCUCAUGGCGGCUGCCGUCCUGCAGCACCACGAGGCGUCGCUCGGCCGCGAGCGCUCGUUGGGCGUCGGCGCGGCGCUCGCGUGCUUCCUCGAGACGUACAGCCGCGACCCGCGCCACGCGCACGCACCGCACCGCCACGCCGUCCACGCCGUCACGCUCGACGCCGGCGCGCGGCUGCAGCCGACGGUGGUCUGCCGCUCGGACCCGCUGCUCGGCGGCGCGCCGUUGCUCGUGCAGGACCCGCUCGACGUCGAGAACAACGUCGGCGCCUCCGCCUUCAACUUCCCGUCGGUGCAGCGGCUGCUGCGCGAGGCGCUCGAGCGGCUGGACACGGCGAGCUGCUGCGCCGCCGGCGAGGCGGAUGCUAGGGCGGAUGGCGGCACCAGCGGCGCCGACGCGAUCGCCCUGGCCGAGGCUCUCAGCUUGGACCGCCACGAACCUCAGGAGGGCGCCAUGAGUGAUUGCCCGAGAGGGUAGGCGGUGUGGUUUUUCGAUAAAAGGGCAGCCCAGAUUUC